AUGCAGAGCUUUGGUGCAUUCCUCGUGUCCUUGGUGGCCUUCAGCGGCCUGGCUGCCGCUCGGCCUACCGAGCCGACUGGCACCUUCUCAGUCGCGACGACACAGAACCGCCACUACAAGCCCAAUGGGCCUCUUGCGCUCGCUAAGGCGUAUCACAAGUUCAACAAGCCGCUACCGAAGAAGCUCGCAAAAGCUGUCGACCGUCUGAGCCGGAGACAGAGCACCGGUUCCGUGGUCGCAAAGCCUCAAGACUACGACAUCGAGUACCUGUCGCCUGUGCAGAUUGGAACCCCUGCGCAGACUGUGUACCUUGAUUUCGACACCGGCUCGAGUGAUCUCUGGGUUUUCAGCUCGGAAACUCCGACAAACCAGGUCAAGGGCCAGGCUACUUACAAGCCGGGCAGCAGCACGUCUGCGAAGAAGCUCUCCGGGGCGUCUUGGAGCAUCCAAUACGGAGAUGGCAGCACUUCCAGCGGCGACGUCUGGACUGACACUGUCACUAUCGGCGGCCUGAGUGUGAAGAACAUGGCCGUUGAGAAUGCCAAGAAGGUAUCCCGGUCAUUCAGCGACAACCCAGCGUGUUCUGGCCUGCUUGGCCUGGCCUUUAGCAAGUUGAACACUGUGCGCCCUACUCGGCAAAAGACCUUUUUCGACAUGGCCAUGCCGAAUCUGAAGGAGCAUCUAUUCACGGCCAACUUGAACUACCAUGCCGAUGGCACAUAUAACUUUGGAUACAUUGACAGCGCGGAGCACAAGGGCCCCAUCGUUUACACAAAGGUCGAUAACAGCCAGGGAUGGUGGACAUUCACCUCGCCCGGCUACGCCGUCGGUGACGAAGAUUUGAACUCGGAGUCCAUGACUGGCAUCGCCGAUACUGGAACCACGCUUCUUCUGCUGCCCGACGACGUUGUCACGGCCUACUACGACAAGAUCCAGGGCUCCAGCUUCGACGACAACAACGGCGGCUACGUCUUCCCCUGCAACGCGGCGGCCCCUGACUUCAAGUUUGGCGUGGAAGACUCCUCCAUCACGAUUCCUGGCAAGUACAUCAACUACGCCCCCAUCGACGAGUCGGGCGAGACUUGCUUCGGCGGCCUGCAGAGCAGCUCGGGCAUUGGUAUCAACAUCUUUGGCGACAUUGCCUUGAAGCCGGCUUUGGUCGUGUUUGACGGGGGCAACAACCGCUUGGGCUGGGCUCAAAAGUAA